AUGAAUACUAUGGAUGUUAAUCAUACAGAGAAUAAUGGGAAUAAAAAAGUUCAUUUAGUAAAUAUGGGAUCUAAUGAAGUGAAAUCCUGUUCAAGAAGAGGUCGAAAGUCAACAAUUCCACCGGAACUCAGAGAACAAACAAGACGAAUUAAAAAACAAAACAUUGAACGAAGUCGUCGAGCUUGCAUAGCUAAUAAAAUGUCUGAAUUACACCAACUAGCUAUGAAUCUAAUUGGAUUAAAUAUAUCAGAACAAUCGAAAACAGAAAAAGUGGAUAUUUUAGGCAUGUGUUAUGAAGUGUUUAAAAAUGUGACAAUUUUAUUCAAUGAAAGACCAGAAUUAAAAGAAAAAUUAAAACAAAUGUGUCAUAAAGUUGGAUUAAAAUCAUUGAAUAAACAUCAUGAUCUAUCUACUGUUAAUCAUGAUAUGAUAAUUCGAAAAACAGAUGCAUCAAAUACUACUUAUUCAAAUAUUCACCAAUCACCAUCCAUUUGGAAUAAAGAAAAUUAUAAUCCUACCAAUCAGCAUUUAUUAAUUCCAUCAGAAUUGAGUGCAUUCACACCUUUAGGCAAACUAGAAAAUACUACUAAUUUCCAUAUUAUGAAUCAAUUAGAUUAUCAAUCUACACCAAUACAAUUACCGUUUAUAACAAAUGACAGCGGUUAUUUCGAAAUGAAUCAUUCAUCAUUAUUAUCAUCGUCAUCAUCAUUAAUAUUUCAUGCGAAUAAGAUCAAUUCACGAUCGAUAAAUUUGUCAAAUGAAUUCAUGGAUUCAACUCAAUCAUCAUGUUUUCAGCACAAGUCGAUUAAUUCAAUAUUACAAUCAAAUGACAACAUUGACGUUGAUGAAAAGCAAACAGUUCACACAGAAGAGACAAAAGAAAAUUUAAUGUGGAGACCAUAUUUAGACUGAAACAGUUCCUAGCAAAUGUUUAUAUUUUUAUUUUUUUUAUUGAUAUUUCUCAUUUGUAUAUAUAUCAUAUUUUUCUGGGAUAUUACACAUGACAAUAAGUUUACCUCAAAGAACUUGUC